UGGCCAUUCUACAGCAGAUUGCCAGCAUGGGGAAUCCCAAUCAAGCGCCCUUCAACACGUGGACGGGUGGCGACCCUUGUGGGGCGCCAUGGGAUGGUGUCAGGUGUUCUGCUGGCGGUGGCAGUUACGACGUGGUUACCGAACUCUUUCUCGAGGAUGCAAAGCUGACUGGCACCUUGCCGCCUUCCCUCUUCGACCUCACAUCCCUACACACAAUCAAUCUCGGCAAGAACCCAGGCCUGCAGGGCUCCAUACCAACAAACCUUGGGAACCUCGUGCAACUGACCAUGCUCAACCUGCAGGGCUGCAAUCUCUCAGGCCCCGUUCCCACCUCCAUAGGCAAUCUGACCCAACUCGUCUACUUCCUGGUGGCUCAGAACCAGCUUUCCGGACCUCUGCCGGACCAGUUUGGGCUGCUGCCGAAGCUGUUUCAGAUCGACAUUAUAGACAAUCACUUCAGUGGCACCCUGCCCACGUUUGCUGGGGCAUCUAGUUUAGUGCACCUCCACAUGAGUCGCAAUCACCUCUCAUCCAUCCCUGGUGAAAUUGCACAAUUGCCAAGCCUACAGCAUUUAAUCGUGGACGGUAAUCGAAUUGUUCAGCCGUUUCCCCUCUCCCUCAACGGAUCGGCCCUCAGUGUUAUUUAUUGGAGUGGCAACACCAUCACCGAGCCUAUGCCCUUGGUUUGGAAUCUUCCAAAUCUGAAGGACUUCCUCGCCAGCAACUGCAGCAUUCCACAACAGACGCUGAUCUCCUUCCCCCAGUCUAAGUCCCUCGCCAAUCUGGAUCUGAGUCAGAACAAUUUCUGGGGUUAUAUUUCCGCCUCUCACUUCACUGACAGCCCCAACCUCGUCAACCUCAACCUUGCCAACAACGCACUGCAGGAUUCCGUCCCUCCUGAGAUCAACCAGGCAGCCAACCUGCAAUCCCUCUUCCUCUCAGGCAAUCGCCUCACGGGCAGGCUGCCAGACCUGUCAGGCCUCAGCAAGGCAGUGUCUCUCUCCUUUUACGACAACCUCCUCACUGGCCCUCUCCCCCGCCUCAACCGCUCCGACAUCACGCUGCAGCUAUACGGCAACCCGCUCUGCUCGCCCUACACUCCCGACAAGCAAGCCCCCUGCUCCCCACCAGCCGACCUCACGCAGUACACUGCACCCUCCUUCUGCCAGGGCUUCGCCUGUGAGGGCGACCUCUACAGCCCCAGCAUGCCGCUCUUUCAGCAGUCCAGCCUCUGCAUCUGCGUGUCGCCACUGCGCGCUGACGUGGCGCUCUACCUGUCGUCCUACGUGGUGUUUAAUCAAGCGCUUGUGGACCGGCUCGAGGAGAUUCUGUUUCAGGAGCUGGUCGGCGGCAAGUUUGGGCUCAAUAUCACCAAGUCGCAGGUGCUAAUCUCAGCAAUCAAGUCCCCUUCAUCUCUCCCCUCCCUCGCCUCCACCUUUGCAUCGGACCACACCACACACGAGUCCACCACCACCGUCUCAAUCCUCUUCUUCCCUCCGGUCGGGGACGACAGCUGGUACCCGCGCGACCUCCCAAAGGGCAUCAAGCAGGCGCUCUCGCUGCGUAACACCGACCCCACGCAGCAGAUGAACCUCAGCGAGUUUGGCUCCAUUCUCUCUGUGCUCUUCCACGGCCCUGCGCGUGAGUGUCCUGGGGGUUUGCAUCUCUUCUGUAGGGUUGGAGGUCUGGGUUGCAACCUACAAUCCCCAUCACAACCAUCGCAGCAGGCCUCGUCUGGGCUGAGCACUGGCACCGACGCGGGCGUCUCCUCCUUGUCUACCUCUCUUCCUCUCCUUGUAUCCCUCUCUUCCUCUCCUUCCUACAAUCCUCCAGCGCAGCAAUCGUCGUCUGGGCUGAGCACUGGUGCCAUCGUGGCCAUCUCUGUGUGCUCCGCUGCCGUUGCCAUUGCCCUCAUUGUGGCUCUGCUCAUGCGCCCCUGGGCGAGACGAGGUGAGGGGGAGGAGCAAGAUGAGUGGGAGAAGCGAGGGUGGAGCAAUGCGGAUUACGAGGCACUGGAGGGCAUCAACCUGCAGCAUGCGCGGCGCUACUCCCUGUGGCAACUAGCAGAGGCGACUCAUGGCUUUGAUGACUCGGCGGUUCUGGGAGAGGGAGGAUUCGGAACGGUGUAUCGGGGAGUGCUGAACGGUGAGCCGGUGGCGAUCAAGAAGGCGAAUGAGAAGCGGCGGCACGACGGGGUGUAUCGGGGAGUGCUGAACGGUGAGCCGGUGGCGAUCAAGAAGGCGAAUGAGAAGCGGCGGCACGACGGGGUGGAUUUCAAGAACGAGAUCGAGAUGCUGACAGCGGUGUCGCACGGCAACCUCGUGAAGCUCACCGGCUUCUGUGUGGAGAAGGACGAGCAGCUGCUCGUGUUCGAAUUCAUGGAGGGGGGGGCGCUGGACGCCUGGAUCAAAGGAAAGACGGGGCGCGUUUUAUCAUGGAAGGAGAGGAUGCGGAUUGCUCUUGAUGCCGCUAGUGCGCUGCACUACUUGCACAAGGAGAUGAGGCCCGGCAUCAUCCACCGCGAUAUCAAGCCGGCCAACAUUCUGCUGACAGCAUCGCUGGAAGCCAAGGUGGCGGACUUUGGCAUUUCCAAGUCGCUGCCAGAAAAGGGAGAGCUGGUGCAGGAGGAAAUCAUCGGCAGCAAGGUGAGAUGA